GGCUGAGGGAGGCGCUGAGGGAACCACCGCCCCCUGAGGAGCUGCCGGCGGAGCUGCGAGAGGCCAAAACUCAGAGCGACUCAACAUGUCCCAGUCAGGUGGCGAUAAAAAGCUUCCUUCUGAGACAGCAGGUUAUGUGGGAUUCGCGAAUCUGCCGAAUCAGGUCCACAGGAAGUCUGUCAAGAAGGGAUUUGAGUUCACCCUCAUGGUGGUUGGUGAAUCCGGCUUAGGAAAAUCCACCCUGAUUAACAGCCUGUUUUUGACUGAUCUUUACCCAGAACGCUACAUUCCCGGAGCGGCAGAGAAAAUCGAGAGAACGGUUGAGAUCGAAGCUUCAACGGUGGAAAUUGAGGAGCGAGGAGUGAAGCUGCGGCUAACGGUGGUGGACACCCCGGGAUAUGGAGAUGCCAUUAAUAGUCAGGACUGCUUCAAAACCAUCAUCUACUACAUCGAUAAUCAGUUCGAACGGUACCUUCAUGAUGAGAGUGGAUUGAAUAGGCGCCAUAUUGUGGACAACCGGGUCCACUGUUGCUUCUAUUUCAUCUCCCCGUUUGGUCAUGGCUUGAAGCCCUUGGACGUGGAGUUCAUGAGGGCGCUUCACAGCAAGGUGAACAUCGUGCCUGUGAUUGCCAAGGCGGACACCCUGACACUGAAGGAACGAGAGAGGCUGAAGCUUAGGAUCCUUGAUGAAAUCUCUGAACACGGCAUUCGGAUUUAUCAGUUGCCUGAUGCAGACUCUGAUGAAGAUGAGGAAUUCAAAGAACAAACCAAGGUCCUGAAGGCCAGCAUGCCGUUUGCUGUUAUUGGUUCUAACCAGCUCAUUGAGGUCAAAGGAAAAAAGAUCAGAGGCCGCCUGUAUCCCUGGGGGGUGGUCGAGGUUGAGAACCCAGAACACAAUGAUUUCCUUAAGCUGCGGACUAUGUUGGUCAGAACACACAUGCAGGACCUACAAGAAGUGACCCAAGAUCUGCAUUAUGAGAACUUCCGAUCAGAGAGGCUCAAACGUAGCGGCGGGCCCGAAGGGGAGGAGGGGGUCGACAAGGACCGGAUCCUUCAGCAGAAGGAAGCCGAGCUCCGAAGGAUGCAGGAGAUGAUUGAGCAGAUGCAAGCCCAGAUGCGGAUGAAGCCCGGGGAUGAGUGAGAGCCUCCGUGUGCGGCGGCACCAGACGGGUCUGACUCUUGUGGAAGCGGGAUCGGCGCUCGGUUCGGUGUGGACCUCGCCGGCAACCUUGAAGACCCUCGGCUUUUCCAGGGAGCCCCGCUGGACGACGGCACGCAUCGUGCCUGAACCGCAAGGAGAACCGGCUCGGCCCUUGUGGUCCUUUAACCCCCCCAAGAAAGAAAUACUAAAGCUCCAGCCUUUCUCUUUGCCCUUUGCUAACCGUUUCUCAUUCCCUGCCUGUGGGGCCCUUUCCCGUGACAUCGCGUGUCAGUGUUUCCCUAGAUGUGUGACCUCACCCAUAGGAAAUCAGGAAGGCCCAGCACUGGCCCCGCACCUCGGUACCAGCCGGGACACGGCCCAUCCCACGAUGGGCUCCGUGGUUCAGCGGAAGACCCGACAGGGCCUUCGCUGCUUCAAUGGGUUUCUUGCCCAGUUCGAUCCUCUGGACCAUCACAACUUCCCACGAUUCCAUUCUGAUCUUUUUCUACAAAUACAGAAUGUAUUUGUGUCCGUGGAUAGACAUCUGUAGAGAACUAGCCCCGCUUCUGGGAGGCAGACUAGACUUUCCUGUCCUCCGCUCCUGACCGGUGCUCUGUGGCCCUGCUUGGGAAGCCACCAGCCCCGUCCUCUCCCCCGUCACCCAGCCCUGCUGGACACAUCAGGGAUACUGAGGCAGUUUGACUAGAACCCCGCAUCUGGUGCCUUGUGUGCAAACACCCCCUUCUCUUGUGCCUUCAGGGCCCCCUUCCCCAGGAGGCCUUCCCUCCCUCACUGAACCCCUUCCCUCUUUAAAGGCAGGAUGCUGCCAGAACCUUAUGUGCACGGCCCAGGGGACCCUCCACCCCCUCUCGGCUGACUUCUAGGCCAGGGCGCCUAGGACAGCUUACCCACCCGCAGAAGAAAUGACACCAUUUGGGGGAUCUUGUCUGCAUAAACUGGAUUGCUUUAAAGCCUCCCCGGGACCCGCACGCUAGCUUGAGACACGUGGAGUUUGUGAGUUGGGCUGCCCGCCCUGCGCCUCCUUAUGAACCCAUCAUGUGCCUUCUCCCAUUUCUGCUUCCUGCCACUCCUCUGGGUUCUGGAAACUGGGGCAGGGCCCCGUCUGUAACAAAGGGGACCCCCCAGAGAAGCCCCUCAAGGAGUAGGAGUGGAGGUGGGAGGACACCGGCUUCCUGGGAGAAGAGCACCAGCUUAGGGCCAGCCAACAUUGUACCUCCGUGUCUUUCUACUCCUUCUCCAGCCUCUCGUUUCGGUUUCUGGUCUAGGACUUGCACUCCAAUGAAUUCCAGACAGUAGCCUGCGGUACGUGUCUACCAGGGGAAUGCCGUGGUACGCUCAUCUCAAACACUUCUGUGUAAUCUCCCCUUCUGGGUUUUGUGACUUUAUGUAAUCCACGUAACCUUAUUAAAAAGCAUCUGUUUCA